AUGGAUAUGGGCAGCCUGACAACGGUAGUGGCCAACUCGGCCUACAUCUCGGCGCGCGGGAGCUUCGACGGCACGGCCAACCCGUCCGCCAACCGGGACAAGAAGUACCACGCCCGCCUGAAGCUGCCUCACAUCACGGUGUGCGAGGGCCUCAGGGAGACUCUGGACCUGGGCUUCCAGACCGCCUGCGUGGAGCAGCCCAUCGGCAAGCGUCUGUUCCAGGAGUUCCUGGAGGCCAACAAUGAAUACAAAGGCCCCUGCCGCCUGUGGAAGGACGUGGAGGAGUACAACCAGGCCGAGGACCAGGACCGCAUUAAGAAGGCCUCCAAGAUGCUCUCUCGCUACAUGGAUCCGAGCGCCAAACACUUCUGUCCCUUCCUGCCGGAGAACGACAUCACCAAGGUGAAGGAGAAGCACGCGGAGGCCGGAGACGAUCUGUUCAUCGAGACUCUGACCAGCGUACUGGACUUCCUCAAGGAGGUCCCUUACACCUUCUACCUGGACAGCAUGCACCUGAAGAGGUUCCUCCAGUGGAAGUGGCUGGAGAUGCAGCCCACGGGAGAGGACUGGUUCAUGGACUUCCGUGUCCUUGGGAAGGGGGGCUUCGGGGAGGUACACGCCACCUCGAUGAAGGCCACGGGGAAACUGUACGCCUGCAAGAAGCUCAACAAGAAGAGGCUGAAGAAGAGGAAAGGAUAUGAGGGGGCGAUGGUGGAGAAGAGAAUUCUGGCACGUGUCCACAGCAGGUUCAUCGUGUCGCUGGCCUACGCCUUCCAGACCAAGACUGAGCUCUGUCUGGUCAUGACCAUCAUGAAUGGAGGAGACCUGAGGUAUCAUAUCUACAAUGUGGAUGAGAACAACCCAGGGUUUGAUGAGCAGAGGGCCUGUUUCUACACAGCUCAGAUCAUCCAGGGCAUGGAGCACCUGCACCAGAAGAGAAUCAUCUACAGAGACCUCAAACCUGAGAACGUGUUGUUGGAUAAUGAAGGUAACGUGCGUAUCUCUGACCUUGGUCUGGCCGUGGAACUGGAGGACAACCAGACCAAUAUCAAAGGCUACGCUGGGACUCCAGGGUUCAUGGCCCCAGAGCUGCUGAAAGGGGAGGAGUAUGACUGGUCAGUGGACUACUUUACCCUUGGGGUCACGCUGUAUGAGUUCAUCGCUGCCAAGGGACCUUUCAGAACCCGAGGAGAGAAGGUGGAGAACAAAGUAGUGAAGAAGCGGAUUCUGAACGACCCCGUGGCCUAUCCGGAGAAGUUCAGUGAGAAAGCCAAGUCCAUCUGCGAGGCGCUGCUGUGCAAGACGGUGGACCAGAGGCUGGGCUUCAAGAACGGGUCCUGCGACGAGCUCCGAGCGCACCCCUUCUUCAGCGAACUCAACUGGAUGAAACUGAACGAAGGGAUCCUGGUGCCUCCGUUUGUUCCCGACUCCAAGACGGUCUACGCCAAGGAUCUGGACGCCGUCGGAGCUUUCUCAACAGUGAAGGGAGUCACCCUGGACGACCCCGACAAGGAGUUCUUUGACGAGUUCUCCUCGGGGAACAUCCCCAUUCCCUGGCAGGAGGAGAUGAUCGAGACGGGGAUCUACGGGGAGCUGAACCUCUGGGGGGUCGGGGGGGCGCUGCCCAACGACCUGCGCAGGGAGAGCAUCCUGGAACAGCCCCCGAAGUCCUCCACCUGCUGCCUGUCAUAG